CCUCGUCGUCUCCGCUGAAGGAUGGUGCUUUCAGUCCGGAGUAGGUGUUGUCGUCGUGCGCUGUCUUCUGAGAGGCGAUACGGGUGCUUGGCCAACGCAAUUUUGAGGGGAUUCGCAGCCUACACACAGCAAGAUCCGAGCUUCUCUCACACCGAUCAUCAUCAUCAUCACCAUCAUCGGCGAGGAGGGAGAUAUAACCAUCAUCUCUGCGAGGGCAACGAAGUCACGACCACGCUUUACACAAUGUAGAGCAAGAAAACACAAUAGGUGAGGUAGGAGCCAGGUCUCUGCAGUGGUGAAAUCCCAUUUCACACUUGGAGUCAUUUAUUGUGGACGUCUGUUUGCAGCAACAAGACCUCAACAUGAGCAAUCCCCAGGCUCCUCCCCAGGCUGGAGCCUCAGAGCUGGAGGUGAUCUCCCAGCAGGUGGAGGAGGACAACCAGUGCGUGGCCCCUGUCCAGUUGGUCAACUUUGCCUACAGAGACUUGCCUUUGGCCGCCCUGGAUAUAUCCCUCGCUGGAUCCCAGCUCAUCUCGAACCCAGAUGAAGAGGACAACAGAGAGGGGUCGAACUGGCUGAAGCCGUGCUGCGGAAGAAGGGCAGCGCUGUGGCAGGUCUGUCUGCUGUCGGCGGGCUUCAACUGUUUCCUGGUGGCCUGUGUCAUCCUGGUGGUGCUGCUGCUGACACUGGAGCUGCUCAUAGACACCAAGCUGUUGCAGUUUAACAACGCGUUCCAGUUUGCCAGCAUCAUCCACUGGAUCAGCCUGGCUAUCCUCUCCGUGUUCUUCACCGAGACGGUGUUCAGGAUCGUGGUGUUGGGGAUAUGGGAUUACAUAGAGAACAAAGUAGAGGUGUUUGAUGGAGCUGUCAUCGUCCUCUCCCUGGCCCCCAUGGUGGCCUCCACAGUGGCCAACGGCCCCAGCAGCCCCUGGGAUGCUAUUGGUCUCAUCAUCACACUGCGCAUCUGGAGGGUCAAGAGGAUCAUUGAUGCCUAUGUGCUGCAAGUGAAGGUGGAGAUGGAGCUGGAGAUCCAGCAGUAUGAGAAGGCCAAGGCGGUGAGGGAGGAACAGCUUGACCGUCUCACUCAGAUCUGCCAGGAACAGGCAUUUGAAAUCAGGCAGCUGAGGGCCCACCUGGCCCAGCAGGACCUGGAUCUGGUAGCAGAGCGUGAAGCAGCCAUGCAGAUCCACCAUAUGUGGGGUAAACAAAGCAGCACUUUCCAGGAGGUGGAUGGACUGGCCCCUGGAGCCUCCGAGCAUCACGGUCCAGCUAAAGCUAGAGAGCCCGGGGGGCCUGCAGAUCACCACGGCCAAGAUGACAUGAACAACUACAUCAGCCAGUACUACAGUGAGCCGAGCAGUGAUAUGGGGAUCCCAGACCCUGCCCGCGUCAUCACCACAGCAGCCAUAGACGUGCACCUGCCUAAUAACCCCAGCCAGUUUCCCUCCUCUUUGGUGAGUGCCGAUGCAGUGCCGUCCAGCUGUUUGCAGCGGACCGGCAGCUCAGUCAGCGAAGCCUCCACGACCACAGUGUCCCGUACCAGCUUCAGCGCCCGCCAGCACAGCAUCAGCAGCCACACGCUAGGCUCCACCACGGACUGCAGCUCCACGGUGCGAGAGGCCUCCACCUCAACAGACUACAGCGACCAACGCUGCUACCCUCCACCCUACAGCAGCCCUCUAGCCCUGGGCACUCAGCCGAGAGGGAGUCCCAGCGCUGUGGUGCAGGAGCUGCUCUCCUCUCUGUCCGAGGACUCCUGUCUCACACAGAAGGGCCUGGACCCUGUCAACCUUAAACCACCCAGCCCGGCAGGCUCCACCAAAACCAGCCCUGAGCUGGAGCACAGGGUCAACAUCUACAACAAGAGGAACCAGGAGAGCAGAGUUGGACUCCACUCUAAGCCGAUCAUCCAUCUGCAGGGCAACGAGCCUCUUAUAGCGGAAAAGUACAGGAUGAUGGAUCCAGUGGACACCCCAGUCAACCGUCUGUCAGAGACAUAAGACUCCGUCUGACAUGAACUUCACAAGAAUCGCUCUUCAGAUCAACCGCAAAAAUUAACGCUUUACUUAACUCCCAUGUCGUUGGGAGUCACAGGCACAUAAACUGUAUGUCUGUCAGCCUCUUUGUAUCGUUGGAGCUGAGAGGAUGAACUUGCCGGAGCAGCACAAAUAGGGAAAGGAGGACAGAAGGAGACAGACUUGAUAAUAUCAGGCACCACUUAUCAGGAAUUGACACUCACAAAGAGUUUUAUGAAAAAAUUUUACUAAAAGAAACCAGCAACAGGGCUCGAGCCCAAAAUUUUCAGACAACUGGUCUGUGCAGAAAAUCUGGCUUUUGAUAUGUAAAGUUGCGGUUUGAUUUUCUAGGAAAUUAAACCAGUGAGAGGACGGUGCUGAGGGCUUAGUUCCUCUGAUACACUUUGUAGGAAUUGGAGAUGCUGAUGAUUUAUUGGAGAGCUAUAAACUGUGAAUCAGUUCCUCCAAGCUACAAGACAUGGAUUUAACACAAGCGUCAGCUGUUUUGGUAGUCAGUCUAGUGUCUCCAAACUCACCAAGAACAGUCCUCUUUGACGGACUGCUGCAGGGUACAUCGGAUCAGUCUCAACUUCUUUCUAAUCUUUGUCUUUAUAUAUUAGAAAUGUUAACAUUUUUAUCUAAAUUCUGUAAGUGGAAAGAGUAGGGAAAUCUUUUGACUGGUGGCUGAUUCAAAUGAAUCAGUUUUUCAUCCAGGUGCCAUGACUCGAAGCUGACCAAACCCAGCUGAGUCAGUGUUUACUGAGAUUUUGAAAACCACAGCAUGUCCCUCACUCACCAAAAUAAUUCAAAAUCUAACUGGAUAUGAUGGAUUUCACAUCAUUCAGGUCUAAAGUACUACCUUUUUAUGAUCUUUGGAAGCUGUGUAAAUAUUUCAGGAUAGGCUUAAUCAUUAUAUCACAGCCAAAAAAUAGUGAGGGACCAGUGCUACAAUAAAAUGAUAGGAAGAAAAUUAUAGCAUGAACCUUCAAGAUCUGCCACUUAAAUAUUGCAA